CCCACCAAAUUGGAUAACAGGACGACUUUUGGUCCGAUCCAAAUACUUCUAUUGCGAAAGCCUAUGAAAGAACCGAUCAGGCAAUUCUCUCGCAUACUCCUGACCUGGGACGAGGUGGAUCCACUGCUGUAACUGCAAUUCUUGUAAAUAGUCAACAUCUAUGGGUAGCCAAUGUUGGAGAUUCACGAGCAGUCCUUUCAAAAAAGGGGCAGGCUACACAAAUGUCCGUUGACCAUGAACCCAACACAGAGCGGGGUAGCAUUGAGAACAGGGGCGGAUUUGUCUCUAACAUGCCAGGAGAUGUUGCAAGAGUGGAUGGCCAGUUAGCAGUUUCUCGUGCUUUUGGAGACAAAAACUUGAAAACUCACCUGCGAUCUGACCCUGAUAUUACAGACGCUCCAAUUGAUGGGUAUACCGAACUUCUUAUCCUUGCUAGCGACGGUUUGUGGAAGGUAAUGUCGAAUCAAGAGGCUAUUGAUAUUGCGACGAAGAUGAAAGACCCACAGAAGGCAGCCAAACAAUUAGCAAUGGAAGCAUUGAAAAGAGAAAGUAAAGAUGAUAUCUCCUGCAUUGUUGUCCGAUUCAAGGGGUAAAAUGCACAAUCUUAAUGUUUCAUGCAGCUGUUGUAUAUUAGGCGGUUACCAGAAGACAUGAUUUGGUAGGUUGCAGAAGUUUGAAAUCCCAAAGAAUCCAGUACAAAAAUCAAAUUUAUUCUGAAAGGCCGUGAAAAUGAUCUGUUUCCUUUUCUUAUAUUUAUUCUCUCUUAUUUUCCAGUCUUCUUUGUAGAAUUUCACUAUAAUUUUUUCAUAAUUCAUAGCCGGGUUGUAUUUGUAAUAAUCAAAAUAGGACAAGCUUUCUUUCUUUCAGCCAUAUAUCAAGAAGAUGGCCAUUUUGGCUUUGCUUCA